CUCUCCCCCCCCCCCCCAACUUAGUUAGUGCCUCCCACUCCCUCUCUCUCUCUCUAAACUCUGAAAAUUGAAUAACAGUUUCUUGUUUUCUUUCCCAGAAUUAUAAAACACAGUUCCCCCCUCUCCUUUUCUCUAUUUUAUAUGCGUGAACCUCCACAACAGAAUAUAACAGCAUUCAAUACACACCAAAGGGUAAACGCUUUUCCUCAUACACAUACACCCCAAAACCAAAACACCACCAAUUUCCCAAGGUACCAUUUGGGUACCUAUCUCUUCUCCUCACAAAACCCAGAUAGAAGAAAACACAAAAGGGUUACAGAAAAGUAAAGAAACAAAACCCAAUUUCUAAUGGGUGGUGGUUGUGGUUGGAGAAGUAGUAGUAGUAAUAGUAGUAGUAGUAGUUUCUUUCAUGUCUUUCUUCUAGUUGUGACUCUGUUUUGCGGCGCGGUGUUCCGGCAGAGCCUAUCAGAUCCGAGCGACGAGGCAUGUCUAACCCACCUGAGCCAAUCCCUCCAAGACCCGAACCACUCGUUACAGAACUGGACCAAAUCCACCUUCGCCAACCCAUGUAGCGGCUUCACCUCUUAUCUCCAAGGCGCCACCUGCAACAAUGGCCGAAUCUACAAGCUCUCCCUCACCAACCUCUCUCUGCGCGGCUCCAUCACACCUUUUCUCGCCAAUUGCACCAAUCUCCAGUCCCUCGAUUUGUCUUCGAACUUCAUCGCCGGCCCAAUCCCGCCUGAGCUACAGUCCCUGGUCAACCUCGCUGUCCUUAACCUCUCAUCGAACAGGUUAUCCGGCCCGAUUCCGCCGCAGCUCACAUUAUGUGCUUACCUCAACGUCAUCGACCUCCACCAGAACCUUCUCACCGGCACGAUUCCCCAGCAGCUGGGUCUGCUCGUGAGGCUCUCGGCGUUUGACGUCAGCAACAACAAGCUUUCGGGUCCGAUUCCGAGUUCUCUUGGCAACCGGAGCGGGAGCCUGCCGAGAUUCAAUGCGACGUCGUUUGCCGGGAACAAGGACCUUUAUGGGUACCCUUUGCCGCCUAUGAAAACCAAAGGGCUUUCGGUUCUGGCCAUUGUUGGGAUCGGAUUGGGGAGUGGGUUAGCGAGCUUGGUGCUUAGCUUCACUGGGGUUUGUAUAUGGCUGAAAAUCACAGAAAGGAAGAUGGCUCUUGAAGAAGGCAAGAUCACCCAGCUCAUGCCUGAUUAUUGAAGACCCUAAACUAAUCCCAUUCAAGGCAUUCAAUUCUUCAGCUUCUAUUGGGUUAGUUAGUUUCUGUCUCUGUUAAUUUUGAUGGGUUUUUUUGGGAUCGAUUUGCUUAGUUUGGUUUUUCCUCUUUAACCAUUUUGGGUCACUUUUUCCUUUUCUGGUUUGAAUAUCUCUAUAACCUUUUCUCAACAAUGUAUGUAUAAACCCCCCAAUUCAAAACACGAAUGCUUCUUCAGUCAAAUUAGUGCAGCAGCUACCUCUAUAAUCUCUAUUUUUCUUUCUUUCCCCUCCUCUGAGCCUCAAUGAUGUAAUGUAAUAUGUAACCGAGAUAAUAUAAUGGAAUUCUCAUUCCUCUCUGA